AUGAAGUUCAUUGCCUCUGCUCUAGGACUUUUGGGCCUUGCGACCUCGACUGCCGAGGCUUCAAUGGCAUCGCGCACUCUCUUGCCUGCGCACCCUCCUGGCCAUAAUGCUAGUGAUCCAACUCAUUUGGUCCCAAGGAUGGCACAGGCUCUCCACUACCGUGAGGGUGGCAGGACUGAAAAUGACCCAUCAUCCUUCGGCCAUAUGUUCUCGAACUUCAACCACCCGACAGUAAUUCUAGACCAUUCAGCGCACAUUUCCAGUGUCACUUGCACCACAAGUGGUAUGAAUAUAUGCUUCAACUCUGAUGAAGCAGAGCGCCAGGCUAGUAAAGAUUGGAAUACAAGUCAAUCGCCACUCGUCCUAGCGACAUAUCACCCUGGCUGCGGAGACUAUAUGCAUGGCUCACGAAGCUAUUGGAACGUCUCCUCUAUUACAUUCCAACCGGGACAGCGAUGUAUGCGUGCCAAUGUGACGGAAGUGCCCCUGGAGCAGGCGACAAAGGAAUUUGACCUGGAUUUCGGUCAUUACAAAACCCCAGUGGAGAACUCUAGAGGAAAAGCCCGUCGCAUGGCAGGUGAUGCUUUGAUCGCAUCAAGUAGCACCGAGGACAUCACCGAUGAUCCGGCACAGCUCUCUGACUUCUUUGGAAUCAAGAUUACCGAGGACUACACUGAAGUCCCAGAGGCCGCCCCUCUCCAAUAUAACGGCACUGCGACUCUUGAAAAGAGGGGAGUACUUCAGCGGAGAUGGGACCCCAUUGGUUGGAUCAAGGAGAAAGUCACGCAAGUGAAAGAGGCCGUUGUGGAAGGCUACCAUACUUAUGUUGAGCCGGUCGUCAAAAAGGUGGUCGAUUUGGGCAAGAAGAUCGGCAGCCUAAUCCAGGAUCCCCUAGGAUAUGAAUGGAGUCUUGGCGCAUCAGUCAGUCAGGACUGGAAUAUUGGUGGUAAGGGUACACAGACGGUUCCUACAACAUCUGGUCUAUUUGGCGAAGGUGAAGGCCUAGUGAUUGCUGAUAGCGGCGUCUUCCCCGGCGAGCUGAGUUGUGAGAACUGCUAUGCCAAGGGCGACGUGUCAGUCUCUGGUCACAUUGGAUGGAGCAUCAAUGACGGUCUCAAAACUGGCUAUCUGAAAGCCGGCGCGUCAUGGGAUUCGCAAUUAGCGCUGGCCAUGAAGCUGCAGGGCCAAAAGAAGAUUGAGGGCUACAAGAAGCAGCUUCUCGCCAAGAACCUGGUCAACCUGGAGAUCCCCGGUGUUAUCAGUAUCGGACCCGAAGUAUCGCUCAGUGCUGUUAUUGACAUCUAUUUCCAGGCCCAGGCAGACGUUCUCAUCGGAGCCAAAUUUGAGGUCUCCCCCGGUGAGGUACACUUGGAUUUAGUCAACCAGGACAAUAAUAAGCUAAGCGGAUUCGAUACCAAGUUUACGCCCAUUGCCAAGUUUGACGGACCUGAGGCUUCCGUAACUCUGGAUUUUGGCCUGCCACUCGGUCUGGAGUUCGGCAUAGAUCUGCUGAACGGCAAAUGGAAACGUACCGCCGGCAUCUUCGACCAGCCUUCAUUCCAGGUUGUUGGCAAAGUCUUAUCGUCAAACUGCAAUGGUAUUGAUAUAAACCUGGUAGUGCAAAACUACUUCUAUCUUAGUGUGGGCGCUCUCUAUGACUAUGCCAUUGACCUCCGCGAGCUAUGGAGUAAACCUUUGGGAUGCGUGGGUACCUCCCAAGCAUCUACCGACACAAGACAGAGCACUUUGACUAGCCGGAACAUUGCCAUCGGAGCCCGCCAAUCGAACACUACGCUCGAGAAUCCUGAACAAGCUGUCAAUGAAACCUUUGGCAACGGCGGCACUUCAUCACAGCCCCCAACACUGAUUCCUGUUGCUGCCAAUGAAAGCCUGGUCGAGCCUGUUACAGGUUUCUCCUACAAGCUAGUAUCGGACAUUAACGAGACGGCCAUCAUGAUCUCGGGCAAGGAAGAUCGAAUCUACCUUGCCCCGUAUGGUGAUCCUGAUGCCAGCAGCGGUGCCCCCUUUGCCGUGGAGGCUGCUGCCUCAGACUCAGUGCUUAUCGGGGAUGUUUUCGGUGGAUACUUCAACUACAACCCGACCGAAAUGGAGCAGACGGGAGUUAGCAACCUCCGGUCGUCAAGAUUGACCAAUGUCCCCGUUGGUUCCAAGUUUAUCGCUCUGGCAGAAGUCCCUACUGAAGGUCUCGGUAGUGCGUUGGGUAUGUAUGUAGCGGUGGAUGAAAAGGAUAUCUUCGCUUUAGUCACAUGCAGUGUGAUUAACAUGGGAACACGAGUAUAUGUGGCCAACAGCAGCACAAAUGUGGUGGAGCAGCUAAACCAGAACAAAUUGGCUGAUACUGUGAUUGGUGGCGAUGUUCGCGGGUGCCAGUAUCUAUACUUGACGUCUGGCACCAAGGGUCUGUCAUUGCUUUGA